CGCGGGUCGCCCGGAAGUGACGCUAGGGGGCGGGCCCGCGGCCGGAAACCACGGGCGGCGGCGAUGGCGGACGGGAGCGGGCGCGCCGGCAAGAGCGGCGGCGGCGGCGCGGGCCGGGCGGGCGUCUCGGCCGAGCAGCCCCGUGGGCGAGGUGUGAAGAGUGCGCUGCGGGACCUAGGAAGGCCCAGAGCCCCCCCUCCAGGGGGCCUGCGCCCACUUCCCUCCCCCCACACCCCCCCCCAGGUCAUUGCCGGCUUCAACCGGCUGCGGCAGGAGCAGCGGGGUCUGGCGUCCAAAGCGGCCGAGCUGGAGAUGGAGCUGAGUGAGCACAGCCUGGUGAUCGACACCCUGAAGGAGGUGGACGAGACGCGGAAGUGCUACCGCAUGGUGGGCGGGGUGCUGGUGGAGCGGACGGUGAAGGAGGUGCUGCCCGCCUUGGAGAGCAACAAGGAGCAGAUCCAGAAGAUCAUCGAGACGCUGACGCAGCAGCUGCAGGCCAAGGGCAAGGAGUUGAACGAGUUCCGGGAAAAGCACAACAUCCGUCUCCUGGGCGAGGACGAGAAGCCAGCAGCGCCGGCGCCCCCCGACGGACCGGGCCCCAAGGGCGGCUCGGCAGGGGUCCUGGUCUCCUAGGCCGCCCCCCUGCCCGCCUCCACGGUUCUCCGCCUCCUUUUCUCUGCUGUCCUGUGUUUUGGUUAUUUUUUGUUGUUGUUAUUAAUUAAAUGUUUUGGUCAGAAUACUGA